GCACCCCAAACGACUCACCCCCCCCAAGAACUAAACUACUCCCAAGCCAAAACCAGGUCAAGCCCAAAAGACACACGCCAGACAAGCAAGCCACAUAUAUCGACCAGCUCUGGCUAUGAUAUCAUUUUCUCACCUACCACCCCUGGUUCAUGGUCCAUAGUCCUUCACAUUAUCUGCCUUCUGUGUCAAGGGCUCCUUUAGCUGCACCAAACAUGAUCCUUUUUUUUCUCUUUUGCACAGCGAAUUCUGUGAAUUGAGACCACCUCAGAAUGCCAGAGACGUCUCCUGAAGCAGAUACGCAUCUCGAUUCACCACCAGAGACGACAGAUUCGACUUCAACAGAUCUUUGCCUCCGUGGCCCGGGGAGGGUCUACCCUCUGCGAUCGAUAGUCGUGCCGACACAUCCCCUAGCACUUCCCUUCCGGUCUUCAUCAACAAGCAGUUCACAACAUGUUCCCAGCCUGUGCAACGAAAAACCCGAGUGGGAGGACCGGGAUGGCUGCUGCGAGCAACCCUCCAUUAGUCAGCCGAGCACCCCGCCCGAGCAACGUAUCCCGUCAUGUGACUCUCCUAUACAACAAUCACCACAAUCUCCUUACCAUCAGCAUGUUCCACAUCAACAACCGGACGGUGCGGGCUCAAUAACCCCUACUAAGCAAGUCGACUAUGCCUCGGGUGCGGAGGUUCGAGAUGCGCUGAACCUCGAGACCCUCGGCUCCCUCACUCCCUUAUCGCAUCGCCAGUACGACGGCGUUGACUCCGAUGAGGACAGUCUCGCUACCACAAGCACCUCCAAACACUCACAGGCGUGCGAAGAUGAGCCAAUACACAGACCCGGCGCUGUGCAAUGUUUCGGGGCGUUGGUGGUGUUGGAACAAGUCGACGAGGGGACGUUAAUGGUACAGCUGGCUAGCGAAAACUCCGAGGCGAUCAUUGGGCACUCCCCCCAGAAUUUAUUCACCUUGAACAGUUUCUCUGACCUGUUAAGGAACGAUCAGGAUGGCAUCUUGAGGGAUCAUGUGCAACUAACCGAGGAAGAACAGUGGAGUCCCGCCGUCGACGGGCCGGAGAUCUUCAAGUUAGCCAUCAACGACCGACACGGACAUCCCCAGCGAUUUUGGUCGGCAGUCCAUCGCAAUCCCGCCCACUGGCAUCUGAUUAUUUGCGAGUUCGAAAGUGAGAUCGACCGUCUGAAUCCGAUCAACACCGCCGGACAGACCCUCCCGGCGAAGCCCACGGAUAUCUUAGGAUUCGAACCGACACCCGACCAAAUAGCGAGCAGCACCAUGAAAAUCAGUCAGCCGUUACGCCUGCUACGGAACAGGCGCAGGAAGCCUGGCGAAAUGGCAUCAAUGGAGGUUCUCAAUAUCAUCAGCAAGGUCCAGGAUCAGCUGGGCAGGACGCAAGAUCCGGAUACGCUGCUCAACGUCUCGAUCGGCUUAAUCAAGGAGCUGACUGGGUAUCAUCGCGUCAUGAUAUACCAAUUUGACAGUGAGAACAAUGGGAAUGUUGUUGCCGAGCUGGCGGAUCCGAGAUUCACGAAGGAUAUCUUCAAAGGUCUGUCCUUUCCAGCUUCGGACAUACCCAAGCAGGCACGCGAUCUUUACAAGAAGAGCAAGGUCCGGCUGCUGUACAAUCGCGAUCAUAUCAGUUCCCCGCUUGUCUCGCGAGAUUUUGAGCAUGCCAAAGCUCCUCUGGACAUGACUUACGCCUUCCUGCGGGCAAUGUCGCCAUACCAUAUCAAAUACCUGGCUCAAAUGUGUGUACGUUCUUCGAUGUCGAUUAGUAUCAAUGAUCACGACGACCUCUGGGGCCUGAUCAUCUGUCAUUCCUACGGGGAUCACGGCAUGCGAGUGCCCUUCCCAGUCAUUCGAUUGACCAGAUUGAUUGGAGACUCAGUCUACCAGAAUAUCAAACGCUUGUCCUGCAUGUCCCACCUGGAAGCCAGCAGUCCCGCCAACCAGGCGACCGCAAGUGAGAUCAUGAAACAAGACGGCCCCACCUCGGAAGCGUUGCUCAAACUCUUCGAUGCGGAUUUUGCGGCUCUUUCGAUCCGAGGACGAACGAGUAUCCUCGGCCCGUGGACGGAUUUCCAGGAGAUCCUGGCUGUGGUCGAAUAUUUCCGCUCCCGCAGGCUGGGCUCUGUUGUGGCCUCGAACCAUCUCAAGCGCGAUUUCCCUGAUUUGCACUUUCCUCCCGGCAUCCAUGCGGUCUCGAGUGUCAUGUAUGCGCCUCUCUCUCUACAUCGGGAGAACUUCAUUGUCUUUUUCCGGCGGACACAAAUGCGGAACAUUCGAUGGGGUGGAAAUCCAUAUGAAAAGCUACGGAUGGAGCCGCGCCAUGACUUUCGGGUCUGGCGGGAAACCGUCGUGGACCGAUCUCGGGAGUGGACCACCUCGCAGACCGAUAAUGCCGCGGUGCUUGGCAUGGUAGGCUCUCAAGUCUCGAGCGACUGGCAGACGGAGACGGAAUCCUUGUCCGCCAGCCAACGCGCGCAGUCGGGCGAUGAAAUCCGCAACACCCUCAACACGAUCUUGAAGAAUUUGGGCGUGGUGCUCGGGGGAUCCCUUGACCUGGAAUUCCAAGACAGUGUCAGUCGAUCUUAUUCUGCAUCCAAGUCUCUUCUCUAUGUGAUCAACGACCUGCUAGACAUCACCAAGAAAGAGCAGGGGCAGACCCUCGUCAAGGAUGAAGUAUUCGAUCUUUCUUCGUGCUUUCAGGAAGCCACCAGUAUGUUCGAGACCGAGGCGCAGCGCAAGCAACUGUUCUACAAGGUCAUCCAUCAGCCGGGGAUUCCCCAGGGCGUGCUAGGCGACGAGCGGCGCGUGCGUCAGGUGAUCUCGAACCUCAUCGCCAACGCCAUUCAGCACACCUCUGAGGGAGGAGUCACCGUUGAAAUGUGGCGAGACUCGAUCAGUCCCGGCCCGAGGCGCGCCAUCAUCAAUAUCACCGUUACUGACACUGGGUGCGGCAUGUCGUCGGAGACCUUGGAUACGCUGUUCUGCGAGCUGGAGGAGAUCUCGCUGGAGCGCCACAGCGGAGCAGAAGAGACUUGCACCGCGCUGGACCGGCCACAAGACCAUGUUCUCGGGGUGGGACUGGCCCUGGUCUCUCGGAUUGUGCGCAACUGCCACGGGCAGCUUGUGGUCCACUCCGAGGAGGGCAAAGGCAGUCGGUUUGCAAUAUCUUUGCAAUUCGAUACUGGGUAGUAUACGCACCUGCCUGCUCGUCUUUACACGAUAUACCUUUUCGUUUUUUUCUCUCUAAUUACCUCCGGCUCGCCAUGGCUAGCGCAUAUGAAUUGGCCCAUGACGCGCCAUUCCCCUGGAUUCCGCAAAAGCAGCGGACCAGAUUAGCGAUCUUUCAUCUGCAUGAGACCAGAAUGCCGGUCAUGCUGCUCUGUAUAUAUAUAUUCAUCUCGUUGAUUUUGGGCUCUCUUGGUUGUAGUAUUACCCUCUGUCAGCGUUCGAGCCGGCCAUCCUGGAUGAUUUAUUUUCCUACUUCUAAGAUCUUCCUUUGCCCGAUUUGGGAAUUUUCGGAGAAUGAAUGAUGACGAUUUCGAUUACAUUGACG